UCAACUCGCAUUUUUACUUGAGAGACAAUUCUCAUUGCAAUUCAUAUUCCAACACAAACCUCUUAGAUUUUCUUUCAUCACAAAGACACAGAGAUCGUCGUCGUCGUCGUUGUCGUCUUCGCGAGAUUCAUCAAAACGUCUCUGCGAUUGUUGAUGGCCACCCGUGUAAUCCCUCCAAGAAUCCUCAAGAAGGUCCGUUACAACACCGCUUCUUCCACCAAGCCUCUCAACUACCCCCAACCUUCCCUCUCCCCCGCCGCUGCCUCUGCCACCGGCGCCGUCGCUCCCUCCCCUGUUUUUCUUGACAGAACGUCCAACCUUCAGAAGUCGCCUCCCUCCCUCGCCGGGGAAUCAUCUCUUCUCAAUUUCGACGACGUCCAGAGGCUGUUCUCGUUCGUCCCCACGUCCAGGCUCCUCCGAUCCUCCGCCGUCCUGCAUGCCACCGCGUCGGAAUCCAUGGUGGAUUUCGGAAUGUGGGUUAUGAAGUCCAAGCUCAUGGAGGUCGACGUGCUUCGCAAGAUCAUUCUGGCUGCCGUCAGACGAACUUUCUUCGACCACUUCUGCGCCGGCGAGGACGCCGCCACCGCCGCACGCAGCAUCAAGGGACUGAACGACGCCGGAUUGCGAGGCAUGCUCGUGUACGGCGUCGAAGACGCCCACGACAACGACGCCUGUGAUCGGAACCUUAACGGAUUCCUUCACACCGUUGACGUUAGCAGAUCGCUUCCACCAUCUUCCGUAAGCUUUGUGAUAGUGAAGAUCACGGCGAUUUGUCCCAUGACGUUGCUUGAAAGAAUAAGCGAUUUGUUAAGAUGGCAACAGAAAGAUCCGAGCUUGAAUCUUCCAUGGAAGCGAGAAACCCUAUCAAUUUUCUCAGAAUCUAGUCCUUUAUAUCAUACUCAAACCAGACCAGAGCCCCUGACGCCGGAAGAAGAAUCUGAUCUUGAACUAGCUCACCGGAGACUUGAAGAGCUUUCACGACGAUGUGUUCAGGCCAAUGUUCCGUUACUGGUGGACGCCGAGCACACCACUGUCCAGCCGGCGAUCGACUACUUCACGUACUCCUCAGCCGUGGAGCACAACAAAGGCGACAAUCCCAUCAUCUUUGGGACGAUCCAGACAUACCUGAAAGACGCGAAGGAGAGGAUGAUGAAGACAACGGAAGUUGCAGACAAAAUGGGAAUUCCGAUGGGAUUCAAGCUCGUUCGAGGAGCUUACAUGUCGACGGAACGAACACUAGCCGAGUCACUGGGUCAACCAUCUCCGAUUCACAAUACCAUUGAAGAUACUCACAAGUGUUUCAAUGACUGCGCGUCGCUGAUGCUCGAGAGGAUAGCCAAUGGCUCCGGCACUAUCUCAGGCGGAGCCGUGGUGCUGGCGACGCACAACGUGGAGUCCGGCAAGCUUGCGGCGGCGAAAGCUUGGGAAUUAGGGAUGGGGAAGGUGAAUCACAAGCUAGAAUUUGCUCAGUUAUAUGGAAUGUCAGAAGGAUUAUCGUAUGGAUUGAGCAACGCAGGUUUUCAGGUGAGCAAGUAUAUGCCGUUCGGUCCGGUGGAGAUGGUGAUGCCAUAUCUUCUGAGAAGAGCUGAAGAGAACAGAGGAAUGUUGGCUGCGUCUGGGUUUGACAGGAAACUUAUGAGCAUGGAACUAGGAAGAAGACUCAAAGCUUGUGUCUUCUGAAGAAAUGGAGUAUUAUAAUAAUUGUAGUAAUGGUAAUGAUAAAAAUAAAAAGGAUCGUUUUACUUGAGAUUUAGAGAGAGAAGAAAAUGAAAGAGAUGAGAAAUGUGUUGUGUAUUCGUGUAAAGAUUGUUGUUGGACAGAUAAAAUAUGUCUCUUUCGAUCUGUUUUUUUCUCUUUGUGAAAUUCAGGGGAAAAUGUGAAAAUGAAUUCGAAAUUAUUAUAGUUAUUUGAGAGCCAGCCUCGUACAAGUUGUGUAUAUUAUUAUUAUUAUUAUUAAAUAUUUUAUAUGA